CUGAGGAGCAGGAGGAGGAGAGAGAAUCAAGAAUUUAGACUGUUCUGUUCUGGCUCAAAAGCAAAGAUGGUGACAGGACUCCGAUUAAACUUGUCGCCCUUGAGGGAACCGCUAGGUUUCAUCAAAAUUUUGGAAUGGCUCGCUGCCAUUUUCGCAUUUGCAAGCUGUGGCGGAUACAGCGGGAGGACUGUAGUGUCUCUGUUCUGCAGGGAAGGCAAAAACGAAACAUUGGACACCACUUUUGCCUACCCAUUUAGGUUAAACCAGGUGCUGCUGGUGAAGAAUAACGCAACGCUCUGUAACCGCACCGUGGCAGAGACUCAUCUUAUGGGAGACUCUGCGUCUUCGGCUGAGUUCUUUGUAGCCAUCGGUGUCCUGGCUUUCCUUUACUGCAUGGCAGCUCUGCUUGUCUACCUGGGAUACAUGCACGUCUACAGGGACUCAGACUUUGGGCCCAUGAUGGACUUUGUGGUGACGGUGAUCUUUGCUUUUCUGUGGCUGGUGUGCUCAUCGGCAUGGGCGAGGGGGCUACAGAGCGUGAAGGACGCCACGGGCACAGUGGGCAUCAGGGAUACCCUGGCACUGUGCAAGGUGGAAGGCGUGGCCUGCGAGGUCACAGAGUUUGCUCCCAUGCGCAGCCUGAACGUGUCCGUGGUGUUUGGUUAUCUGAACCUAAUUAUAUGGGCAAGUAAUGCCUGGUUUGCAUACAAAGAGACACGCUGGCAUGCUCAGAGGUACUCCGCCCAACAGGGGGCGGGGCGAGGGCCGGUCCCCACCCCCAUCUAACCACCCAGCAGCUUCCAAUGCCCUGGCAGCCGAUCCCAAAAGCAGACGGGGCCACAAGGCGGCCCCCUCCAUGGUGUGGAGCAAUGGCUGGAACUGCGAUACUUCACCUGCCUCCACAUGCCCAUCAUUUUACUUGUGCCUGUGUCUCUAAGUUUGUUUACUGUUUUUUGGAAGCCACCUAGCAUUUUCUCAGCGUAAUAUUUCAAUCGUUCCA